GUACUGAUUAAAUAAACUACAACAUUUACUUUGAUUGCUGCCAUUGAUUGCAUCACUGUUUAAAAACAAAUAUGGCUUUCAUUGACUAUCACUUAUCCUCAGAUGAGGCAGAGCGACCCAGAAGUGGUCACAGCACUGACCCACCGGCCAUGGAGCCUGAGUCAGUUGGGAGACGGUGCCUCCCGAUUCUCGUCGCCAUGGAAACACAGUUGGAUGACAGUAUUGGACGUGAUGUUGGACUGGGCGCACCAUCACGUGCUGUGGAAGCUCUGUGGCAUCUCAGCCUUCCUCGUACAGAAGAACUUUAUCUCACCGGAAUAUGUCCAGUACUGGGCCCAGAGGAGGGUAGAAGUGGUAGCAUGGACAGUCAACACUAAAGUGGAGAAGGACUACUACCAGGAGCUGCUGCAAGUCAACUACAUCACAGACAGCCUGGUGGAGGACUGUGACCCCCAUUACUGAGAAACAUGAACCCAGCACAGGAUGUGAUCACACACACACUGAUUAAAAAGAUCAGAUCUGUACGGACCAUUUCAUUUUUCUAAUUGUCAACCAAAAUGGGGCACCAGGUAAGAGAACAAGUGCCACUCUUUUCUUCUCAUGCACAUGUCACAUUGUGAAUGUGUGCAUGUUAGUUUGAGGCAAACGAACCAGACAGGGUGCUAAACGUAAUAACAAGGGACAUGGUAUGCAUUUAUAGAUAUUUUGGUGUCUAUAAUCAUCCAAAUGUACUGUAUUCACCAACUCAGGACUGCAAUGAUUGUUUUCCUUGUAAUGAUGUAUGUUCUUCUGUAUUUCAAGUCCCACAGUGCAGUAUCACACACUGUCUGGGCUUUUUUACCAAUAAACAUUUCAUGUCUUUUACCGAAGCAAAUAAGGGAAUGUAGAACUAAUGGUGACUUAAGGUAAGAGUAAACAUAUGGUGACUUUUUGACUUUGCAUGACUUUGCUAUGUGGUUAUUUUAUUCAGGUUCUUAUAUUAAUCUUUAAAUUAAAACAAUUUAAAUUGCUUUUAUGGUGUCACACUUCUGGACCCUACUGUAACUGGGGAGUUAGAGUAAGGUUUUGAGCCCCGUCAUUGUGCUGGAGUUGGUAGAUAAGACAGAUAGAGUACUACUGUUGAUAAGCUUUAUGACCCCAAUAUCAACCUUACUUGCAUUAUGUCUUAUUUGGUCUAAGCAGACUUGACAACCUAAAAAAGAAAAUGUGGAAGGCUUAUUUCCCUGUUAAUAAAAUAAAUACAUCUAUUUCAUUUCAUUUGAUGCAUAGUGGGCAGCAGGGUGACACAGUUCAGUUGUGUGAGCUGACAUUCUACAGCCAAGACGUAUGUAGGAAAUGAUAUGCUGUGUUGGAUAUCACCCUGGAUAAGCCUGUCUGAGCCGCUUCUUGUCUCGGUUGAUUUUCAGCUACGAACCACAGACAGUAGAGUAACUCAGCUGAUUUUCACCCAAAAGACGAAGAUUUACAGUGAUAAAUCUUAAAUCUAAUAUAUCAAAGAUCGUACAGGGAAGCUACAAAGGGAUGCAACAAUAUAUGCCCUUAUACUGUAUGAAUGUUACAGUGGAGGGUCUAAAACUGAAGAUACAAAAGUAACUAAAUAAAUAUAUAUAAUACUUUUUAAAGCUUUUUUUGUCACACCAUGCAUUCAAUAUUUACAAUAAGAGUUAAAUGGUACAUUAUGCAGUCUCUUGGUUAUUGCUAAAUGAGUGUGCAGAAAAAGGCCACUGUUACUUGACUUUUUCUUCUACACGUCUAUCCAUCUGAGCGUUUGGUUUAAUACUAGGCUUGUUUGUAUCGAAAGCCUAAAGUGCCACUAUUCGCCCGUUUAAAACGCGCGUUUUUUCUAAAAAACGCGUGUUUUACGCGCGUUCUUGACGCGUAAAAAACGCGCGUUUUUUAAUAUGAUAAUGAGCCCCACCUUCUGUUUUGCAUAGCCAGUACAUUUAAAGUGUGUGCAACCAAUCAGUGAAGAGUUAAGCCAGACUAAAGCAAUCUGUUGAU